ACGUAUUAAAGUAAGAUGAUCACGACAGGGACUCACUCGCCACUACUAGAAGACGCAAGAGAUAUGACAAUCGACAAAAUGGAGACGCUACUACAACACGGGAAGGCUUGACCAAGAAAGAACAAGAAAAAAACAUGGCGCUAAUUUGGCAGAAAAUGAAGAAGCGUCCGUGUAGUGACAUUCAUCUGUCGUUGACGCGGAGCCAGUUGGUCUUCGACGAAGAGUACCAGAAUACGUGAUUAGAGUUGUUGUUGUUUUUUUCUCCCCGUCCAAAAUGUCUCCGGCAAUGACUUCUGAUCGGACAACAACCAUGGAGAGGUUCGGCAACCGGGGAAUGGCACUUUUGCCGUGGACCAAGCAGAUGUUAACAGUGCUGUGGGGGCAACUCUGGAUUAUGGUUCGGGUCAUCUACUGUACCUUCUUGUCUGUUUUCCAAAUGUUUCGCUUUGAGGUGCACUUCCGGAUCACAGACGAGAUGGGCCAGCACAACCCGACCGAGUCCUUCCUUUUCUCCUCGUUGUUUGACGGCGACGCCGGCAUGAUGGUGGGCCACCCCUCAGACCUCUGUGCCGACGACGGCGGCGGCGGCAAGGCUGAGACGCUGCUGUCAGGCCUGGCUCCCGACGACAGCGUCUACAUGGGCUUCCACGGCGACUGGAACAUCUUCUCGGCUUUUCCCAAGGAGGACGGCGACGCUGGCAAGUUUGACAGCCAGGAAAGCCAAGCCAUGUGGGAGUCCGUGUCCACCACGUGCAACGACCAUUACGACCUCUUUGUGAAAAAGUCCAAAGCUGAUAUGACGGGAGGCAAAGUCACGGAGGAAAUGUCGGGCCUGAAGAUGUGGGUCAGCCGCUCCGACAGCGACUCCAGUUGGUCCAGCUGGUCCAGCUCUGACGUGUCUGUCGCCGACUUGGAGGAGAACGAACGCCUUCUCGAGUUCUUCUCCAAUUCCGACGACCCGUAUAACCCCAUGUGCUUCACCGCCUGCGCAGUCAGCGAAGCGCCGCUGCCCGUUUCAGCGGGCGGCGAGGGCGGCCUUGCCUCUUCCUCAGAGGACGAGCUUUGGAGGAGCCUCGGCCGAAAAGACGACCCUUACCACCCGCUCAAUUUCCAGGCCCGUCUAAACCACCAGCAGCCUCAACAUGUUCCGGAGCCUGAGAAAAACACUCCUGCUAAACACGCCACGCUCCGGAAACGUUGCCAACGUGACACGCAACCCGCUGACCGUGUCAUACGGGUGCCAUGGAAACGACCCGCUCGGAAAUGUCAAACGCCCGAUACACGCAGACCCGAAACCCCCCAAAAGCGUGAGGUCCGCUUCUCUCCGGUGGUAGAGGUUCACGUGAUGCGGGCGUGGCGCUUUGCCGCCGCCGCCUCCCGUAAAGGACCUUGGGAGGAGAUGGCUCGGGACCGUGAGCGCUUUCGGCGCCGCGUGGGAGAGCUGGAGCGAGUGGUCGGGUACUGCUUGGAACCCGCACACCGCGCCAAGAUGCGUGUGUACGUCGAAACCCACACGAACCAAGGAUGAUUUUUUUUUUGCUUGCAGUGAAUAUAUAUUUUGUUUUAUUCAUGGGAUUGUUGUUGACAUUUCACAACAUUAUACCUCAGAAUUUUUUUUCUCGAUAGUUUAGUGUUUAUUAUUGCACUGACUGACACUUUGUGAUGGUAACUCCAGCAUUUUCAUUUGUUGCCUUGCAUUGGGACCUAGUAGGAAAAUCACUGUUUUGUUUAUACUGAAUGUACAGCAGCACAUUAGAUGCCAGGAAAAACAGGAAUGGCUUGAUUGACGUUCGAAAUAUUUAUUGACGAUGAGGUGCGAGUUUAUUUUUAUUUAUCCCUCAACUAUUAUAACUUGAUGUUUUUCCAGUAUCAUUUUGUAUUGUCUUAACAAAAUAGAAGACUUUUGGUAAUGCUGUGACUUUGGAUGUCGAUUAUUACUCAUACUGAUUGUUUUAACUGGUAAUAACAAAAAAAAAUGACAUCAAUAAAAAAAUAAGAUAAUCAA